AUGACCAUGAAUCUACUCGAUCUUCCCCCGGAACUAAUUGGUCGCAUCCUAGAGCUAUCUACUGCUCCCGACUUUGAAAAUCUCAUGGUCACCUGCAAAGCUGUCUACGCCUGUGGAACGUCGAUACUUGGCUCGCAUAAUAACAGAAGGAGACAAUGGAGCAGAUUUAUUGUCCUCGACCAGGACCCUAGGGAAUCAUGGGCCUUGGUUUACAGAAACAUGGCUCAUCCAAACGUUGCCGAGUAUGCCAGAUUUGCAGAUUUCCGAGCUGCCACGCUGUCCGUGUUAAACAACAACAUGGGAGCACGAUCUUAUGAACUGUCAGCAAGCGCCCUGCAGGACUUGGGUGCUCUCGUGAGCUGCAUGCAAUUUCUCCCAGAGGCCGUUCGUGAGCGAAACUAUUUGCCUUACUGGCUUGACCGCGUCGCAGAGUACCCAAACACAUAUGCCUCGGACAUAUUGUGGGACUGGUCUUUAAUACUCUUGAUCAUCCAGCUCAAAUACGUCACAAGAUUGACGCUACCAUCAGACUGGCUCGACACGAGGGGCUUUAUGGCUGCCGCUGAGAUGGGCCUCGAGGAUCAACACAAACUUGACCUGUUGACAGCUUUGACCAUCAUUAUGCGUGGUACUCACAAACCAGAGGCAGACGCACCAUUGGCAUGUUGCAAGAUUAUAAGGUCGCUAGGGCUUGAUGCGACACCAACAUUUCUGUCAUCAAUGUCACCUUUGUUGGCCAUGAAAAGCGUGGCGGAAUUCCACGCCACAGGAUUAUUUGGUCAAGUUGAAAACUCGCACCAACUUCCAUCGUUGCCCUAUACCUGGCCUUAUACCGACUUGAAGUCGCCACUGCAAAGGUUGGAACUAUUGGACUGCAACAUAGAUGGGGAAUCACUCGGAGCUUUACUGGCCCAAACCCCCUAUCUGAGAAUUUUCAGAUAUAGUCAUGUGCCCGAAGUUAUACCUGACCGACCUUCCUACUGGGAUCUGGUCGAGGAGGCAAUGGCAAACCCCGAGGAUCUCGACUUGAAAGAGCUCGCAAUUGAAGAGUACCGGAGAAGCACCUGGAAUGUCGCGGCAUUUGUUGAUACCAUCGCCAAAUAUUGUGGCAACCAAUUGAUCGAACUCGCAAUCACAUUCGGAGAUCGUUGCAAAAAGUUUGGAAUAAAAAACCCCGUCACCAACAUGAAGGAUUUCACCCGUCUUGAGCACGCCGAGCUCGAGGUAGCCAUAUUUGGGGGCAGUGACGACCUGCCGACUUUUACACAACUUGAGUCAAGGGAAAUCAAUGUACCAAAGCUCGUGGAGAUACUCCCUUCAUCGCUAAAGACUCUCCAGCUUUUUGACGGGUUUCAAUGUGAACCAGAAGCUGUGGUUGCAUUGAUGAGAGAUUUUGCUGCCGGUCGAGACUGGCUUCUAGCGGACCUCGAAGAGAUUUCCUAUCGAUACAGAGAUUACUAUGAACGGUCCGAUCCGCGCCCUUAUUACUCUGCAAUCGAACGCCAAGCGGACGCGCAAGGUAUCUCAUACUCUUCUGGACCCUCGAUCCAACCCCAUUGGACGCGCGCGUUUGGCAAGGAUAAUGGUGUCUUUAAUACAGCAUAA